AUGGUCUAUGAAAUCGCGCCAACUCAUGGAUCCGGAAUUGAGACCAGCGACAGUAUAACAAGAGAGCGACAAUACAAGCGGCUACAAGAGCAUGGAUGGUUUGGCUACGUGAAAGAGUUUCGUAUCUUCCUCCCCUGUCUAUGGCCGAGCAACAUAAAAGGAAAGCUCUGCCUUCUUAUUUUAGUACUCGAUCUUGUCAUCGACAGAUUCCUCAGAGUACUUAUACCUCAACAAAUUGGUCUCAUCAUGGACCAGCUUAUUGCUCAUAACUUUGAUACGGCCUGUUAUAAAGCAGGGAUAUGGGUUCUUCUUUCAUGGUUGAGGAACAAUAAUGGUCUUCUAGGGGUCAUUAAAAAAAAGGCCCUUUUAGAAGUUAGGGAUUUUUCAUAUCAGGCAGUUUGUUGUCUUGCUUUCAAACACUUUAUGACACUUUCUAUGGAUUUCCAUAAUAAUAAAGAGUCUGGAGAGAUCAUCAAAGCUGUCGAGCAAGGGAAUGCGAUCAACCGGCUUGCGGAACUGUUCCUACUUGAAAUACCCCCAGUCGCCAUUGACAUUAUAAUAGCUGCGUGGUACACUACCUCUUUAUUUGAUUGGUAUGUCGCUUUUACGAUCUUCGUUGUGGGUGCUUCUUACGUGUGGAUUACGAUUAAGCUCACAGAUUGGACACAAAUGCUCCGAAAAACUUACAGCAAAGCAAUACGGAGUGAGAGUAAUACCGUGAACGAGUCUCUUAGAAAUUGGCAAACAGUUUUAUACUUCAAUCAAGUUGAUUUUGAGAAGGAAAGUUACGCCAGAGCUAUUCAGAAAACGAUUCAUGCUAAGCAAGCAUACCUCAACCGGCUGAAUGCAGGCAACGCAGUUCAGACAUUAAUUGAUUUUCUGGGCUUGCUUGGCUGUUCAUUCCUUGCAAUCCGGAAAAUUUCUUCUGGAGAUGCGUCAAUCGGCAGUUUUGUUACUCUGACGACAUUUUGGACGACGAUGGUUCGCCCACUCGACCUGAUAGCUUGGUCCUAUUCUAAUAUUUUAUCUGCCUUUAUUGAUGCGGAACGACUAUUUCAGCUGCUAUGUACGAAACCGUCAGUUCAAGAUGACUCGAGCUCAUAUGAACUCAAGAUCUCCUCUGGAAAAGUUAAUUUCCGCGAUGUUGAGUUUUCUUAUAGUCCAACUAACAAAAAGGUCAUUAACGGGAUUUCUCUUGAGGUGGCAGCUGGCACGACUGUUGCCUUCGUUGGUAAGACAGGAGCCGGAAAAUCAACUAUCCUUAAACUCCUCUGCCGAUUCAUUGACGUAACGGGAGGAUCUAUUUCAAUUGAUGGUCAUGACCUACGCAAAGUUACUCUUAAGAGCCUACGGGAUGCUCUUGGGGUGGUCCCUCAAGAUCCUUGCCUCUUCAACAAAACUAUUUUCGAAAACGUCCGGUACGCAAGACCAGAUGCUACAUUUGAAGAAGUUGUUGCAGCAUGUAAAGGCGCAGCACUACAUGAAAGCAUCGAAUCACGUCCUGGUGGCUACAACACUAUAGUCGGUGAACGAGGGGUAAAGCUGUCAGGUGGCGAAAUUCAACGAGUAGCUAUCGCACGCCUACUAUUGAAAAAUCCAAGGAUUAUCAUUCUUGAUGAAGCAACGAGCGGCAUGGAUUCCUUAACUGAGACUCAAGUUCUGGAAGCUUUACGUGAGCUACGAUAUGGACGAACAAUGUUUGUCGUAGCUCAUCGGCUGUCCACUAUUAUUGAUUCAGAUUUGAUUUUCUUUAUAGAAGAUGGCAAAAUUGCUGAAAGUGGCACACAUGAAGGGUUAGUUGAAAAGGGCGGAAAGUAUUACGAUCUCUGGGUGCUUCAGAACGGGCGGAAAAAGCAAUAG